AUGCAUGGUGACAGGUGGAUCCCAAUCCGAGUGCUUAACACCUCCAGUAAACCUAUCACUCUGAGGCGCAAUACAAAGAUGGCAGAAGUGUCUGCUUGCAUUGCUGUUGAGGACUUGGAUGAGGACACAGAGGCCGUUGAGACCGUGGGAGUGAAUAACCAAGCCGUGUCUUGUGAGCACUUUGGCCUCCAAGAAACCUUGACUAUGCUUGGGCUUGAAAAUCUUGAUAUCGACUCUUGUGAGGUGUCACCCUAUUGGAAAGGUCAACUCAUGGAGCUUGUUCGGAAGUAUGAGGAUGUCUUUUCUAAGAGCAAACUGGACUGUGGAUCAGCUAAAGACAUUGUCCACAGAAUCCAUCUGUCCGAUACUCGGCCAUUCAGGCUCCCGUACCGCAGAGUCCCACCUGGGCAGUACCACAAACUCAGAGAGGUCCUUUCCGAGAUGGAGGAGCUAGAGAUAAUUCGCAAAUCGAAAAGUGAGUGGGCAUCUCCGCUGGUUCUUGUGUGGAAAAAGAGUGGAGACUUGAGAAUCUGUGUGGAUUAUCGCUGGCUCAAUGCGCGUACGGUCAAAGACGCUCAUCCGUUGCCACACCAAGCAGACUGUCUGGCAGCCCUUGGAGGAAGUGCUAUCUUCAGUGCGAUGGAUCUUACUUCUGGCUUCUAUAACAUCGCCAUGGCCGAAGAAGAUAAGAAGCUCACUGCUUUUACCACUCCCAUGGGCCUAUAUGAGUUUAAUAGGCUCCCACAAGGCCUAUGUAACAGUCCUGCCAGUUUCAUGCGGCUCAUGAUGAGUAUCUUUGGGGACCAGAACUUCAUGACCCUCCUUUGCUAUCUUGAUGAUGUCCUUGUUUAUGCACCUGAUGAGGCAGAAGCGCUAAGAAGGCUGGAAAUGGUCUUUAGCCGGCUGAGAGUUCAUGGAUUGAAGCUUGCUCCCAAAAAAUGCCAACUUCUUAGGAGGAAGUGUUAA